AUUUUCAUUGAUUUUCAAACAGAACAUGUACAAGCUUGAACGUUAAACAAAAAGAUGCAGAAACAUCAACAAAAUAAGAAAAAAAACAUCCACGGCAGAGCUUUUUGGGUAAGAUGGAUCCAGAUCAGAUGGGAGGGAUCCCACCCACGGGACCAGGCUCCUAUCGUCUCCUUCACCAUCGUUCCCAGAAGGCUCCUCUGUUCAGAAAUUACCUAAAGCAAGCAACAGACACAGGAAAAUAAGCCUCUUCUUCAAUCGUCGUCAACCUCCAAAAAAUGUUCUCCUUCGUCAACACCACACCACCUUCAAAGACAAGCAAAAUCCCCCCCUGGUUCUAACCAAAACCCUCUAUUUAUACCCAUCAACGACCGAGCUUUAUCUUAUUCAAAAACGAGACAAGGUGCCAAGGAGAAUCGGACAACCAGAGCAGGUACAAGAUCGGGUUGCAGGAUUGUGUUCCAGCCGGGGAUUGCACGAUUGGGGCAUAGGUGAUGAGUGCAGAUCGGCUCGGGUAGAGGAGGGGUGAUGAGUGCAGAUCUGGCCUCGGGCAGAGGAAGGUGCAGGCGCGCAGGGGGUAGGGCACGUAGGCGUGCAGGAGGCAUGAUUGCCGGUGCGCAGAGUGCAGGAGCUAGUGCAGAGCAAAGCUGGUGCAGGAAGCAAGGCCGGGCGCAGCAGAGUGCAGGCUGGGGCAGAGGAAGGUGCAGGCGAUCUGGGCGCAGAGCAGGGAGCAGGGGCGUAGGUGCCAGGCUCGGGCGUAGGUGCAGGGCUAGUGCAGCUAGGCUGGGCGUGCGAGGGGGCGAUGAUGGCUCGGUGCAGAGGAGUUGGGCGCGAUGCAGAGGAUCUGGGCUGUGCAGGGGGGGCUGAUUCAGGAGAGAGAAAAGUAAAAGAAAAAUGGAAGAAAGAGGUUCUAGAGAAAAAAAAGAUUUAAUCUUUUUUUUUUUUUUUUGGGUUAAAUGGGUUUGGUAUUUGGGCUUGGGUUUGGGUAAUUGUUGGUUUUUUUGGAUUUUUGGGCUUGGGUAGUUGGUAGGCUUUGGGUUUUGGGUAAUUGGGUUUGAGUUUUGGAUUUGAGCUUGGUUUUGGGUUUUGGGUUUGGGUUUUUUUUAGAUAAUUGGGUUGGACUUGUAAAUUCAUUUUGAUGAACUUCACCCCUCCACCUUUUGAUUUCUUCAAUUGAGUCCUUUCUCGAGUUUCCUUUCCCAUUUCCUUCUUGAAUUUCCCCUUUUUGCACCUGAAAGAAAAAUGAAGAUGUACUAGUUAA